GCCGACCUAAACGACUUCGAUGACCCCCUCCAAACCAGCACCUCCGCCACUAGCUCGUCCCGCCAACAACAACCAACCCCAGCCGUAUCCGGCACCAUCGGCAGCAGCACCAGCUCUUCCCGACAACAACAAUCAUCAUCCUCCUCCUCCUUCUGGACCUCGCGAAUCAACAUCCCCGGCGAGGACCGCCGCGCGCCGACAAACACCAUCGACGAGUCGGUCUGGGCCACGCUGCGCCGCGACCUGCUGGCCGUGUGGCACAAGCUGCGCGAGGUGCUGUACCCGCGGCACCUGUUUUUGUUUGCGGGGACCGGGCAAAACAACAACAGCAACAACAAUUCGGCUUCCUCUUCCUCAGGAUGGCGCGGGACGUACGCGCGGUUGGGCGGCGUGGGCAGGGAGGAGCUCGCUGGUCUUGCGGGGAGGGUCAUGGACCCCGAGAGUUUGUUGAACCAUGAUUACCUGGGCACGAGCCCCGAGCUGCGGGACUGGGAUCUGUGGGGUCCGCUGGUUUUCUGUUUGUUGUUGAGUACGCUGCUUAGUUUGAAGGGAAGGGAGAAGCAGCGGGAGCAGGUUUUCAGCGGGGUGUUUGCGAUUGUGUGGAUUGGUAUGGCUGUUGUGACGCUGCAGAUCAGGCUUUUGGGGGGGAACAUCUCGUUCAUGCAAAGCAUCUGCGUCAUUGGCUACACGCUCUUCCCGCUCGUCAUAGCCGCGCUGCUAUCGGCGCUGUCAACUCCAUGGAUCGCCAGGAUCCCUGUCUAUCUGGUUUUGGUGGCCUGGUCCUUGGCCGCGGGUGUGAGCAUUCUCGGUGGGAGUGGGGUGGUCAAAAACCGCGUUGGGCUGGCCGUCUAUCCGCUAUUUGUUUUCUACCUUGGUCUGGGCUGCCUUUGCUUCAUUAGCUAG